AAACGAGACAAGCUUCAGGAACUUGUUUGUUGUGUUAAAGCUGUGUUGGUGAAUUCACAGCUGACUUUGUGUCAAAGUGCGUCGUAGUAGUUGAUAAAUAGAAUACGAAAUAACGAAAUGAGCUUGACACCCAAAUCGUUUAAAGAAAAGCGAUCAUUUGCACAACGAGUAUCUGAUGUGGAAUUAAUUCGUGAACGUCAUCCAAAUAAAAUACCUAUUAUUGUUGAACGUUACUACGGUGAAAAACAAUUACCACCACCGGAUAAAUCUAAAUUUUUGGUACCAGAUCAUUUGACAGUUGCGGAGUUGAUUAAAAUUAUAAGGCGAAGAUUACAAUUACAUCCAACCCAAGCAUUCUUUGUGCUUGUUAAUCAAAGAAGUAUGGCAAGUGGUAGCUUGACAAUGGCCCAGCUUUAUCAGCGAGAAAAGGAUGAAGAUGGAUUUUUAUACAUGGUUUAUGCAAGUCAAGAAGUUUUUGGAUGUUAGUUUUAUAAUAUUACUCUAACUGAUCAAGAUGAUUAUGACAAUUUUACGUGAUAUUAUUGUUAAAAACCAAUAUAAAUUAAUCGUUAGAUAAAAAAGAAAUAAAAAAUAAUAAAUGAAGAUGUUUAAGCGAAAAAAAUUCACUUUUUCAAUUCUUUAUGGUACAAAAUUGUUGUGGUGCUUUCUUUGAAAAAUAAUGAUAAUGAUAAGAAGAAUAAUAAUAAUGGCGCGUGAAUGGAUUUCAAAAUGAGUGCAUCAUUAAUCAACACGAGUACACUUAUAUCGUUGCAAUCAUCAUCAUCAUCAUCAUCAUUAUUAUCAUUAGUAAUAUAUAAUUAUAUAUUAUAUUAAUAUAAUAAUACUAUUAAUAACAAUAUUAAAUUCAAAUAUUGAUCUUGAAAAUACCUUCAUAAGAGUUAGCAAGGUAGUCUGAUACUAGAAUAAUAAAGAAAAAUUAAUCUCAAUUAAAUAAUUAAGAUUUAGUGUGAUUCACAACAGAAACAAUUUAAUGCUUUCUCUACAGAAUAAUUAAUUACAUAUAAUAUACAAAUUUAAUAUAUAAAUACAACAAAUAAAUAUAUUGAUGGUUUUAAUUGAUCAAAAGAGUAUAAUGAAUAUUUACAAUUAAUUAUAAAUAAAUAAUAAAUGAAUUGUAACUCAUAGAGUAAAUACGAAAUCGUCCAGCAAUUAAAUCGAUUUCAUUUUUUUAUAAUUUUUCAUAUAAAAAUCUAUUUACCAAUAAUUAAAAAUUAUACUGUUAACAAAAAGCAAAUUAAAUACACAAAGAGGCUCUGAUUAUUUUUUUUUUGCCAAACUUUUCGAUACCUGACAAUUUCAUAGAAUUAUUUUUAUUAUAUUAUGUACAUUUUUUACUUAUAACUUAUCACUUUUCAAAGUGUAUUAAAAAAAACAGGAUUUAUAUAAUAGGGCAUACAUUAUAAUUAUAUCUGCGUGAAUAUGUAAAUAAUAAAUAUAUUGAAUGAAAUAUGUAUAAAUGGUCUACAUAAAUGUCAAUGAAAAAUUCUAAAUAGAUAAAAUGUACCUAUGGAA